AUGGAAAGCACUUGCCGAAAAAGAAGAGAACGAUAUCGCGCGAAAAUGUUAGUGAAAAACAGGCAAUCGUACAGCAUUACCCGGUUCCGGCCGGUCGGUGGUGGAGUGAACGCGCACCAUCACGGCCAUCAGAAGGAAAAGCUCCGCCUUGGGGUCAGUGUGAUCCGAGCGUACGGUUUCUACGUCGGUUUCGGUGACAUUGGGCCGGUGUGGCAUCGGAGCGAACACCAACCGGUGGCCACAUCCGGCCGGGAGUAUUAUUUGGCGUUGCGACCGGAUGAGGAUGGCGAUUUCCCGAUGACCGACUGUGCCAAUUGGGCGCAUCAGCGAACGCCCCUGCAGCUGCGAGCCGUUUCUAGUCCGUCGAUUUCUGAAGCUCCAAUCGAACCGGCACAGGCGCCCGGAAGAAGUAACCAGGAUGCGCACCUAACCACAACCACCACCACCAGCAGCAGCAGCAGCACCGGUUCCAACGCGAUCCAUCCCACCACGAAUGUGCGCCAGCACUCGUCACCGCUACAGAAGACUGUUCAUACCAAAGCGUCCGCCGGCGGGUCGACGAACCAUCAUCAUCAACAUCCGGCGCACGUGUCCGAAAGUGUGCUGCAAAAGUUCCGCAAAACGUUUUCCCAUUUUAAAACAUCCAAAGCGGCAGCCAACGUUCAGGUUACGGGAACGACCGGCCUGGGUUUGGGUGCGCCCGAACUCCAGAACGGUGCGACUGGUGCGAUGAGCGUAGACGAGAAGCAACAGCAACAGCAUCACCACCGAUUCGGUCCGCUGAUCUGGCGAUCGAGUAAGGAACGCCGCAAGACCAAGUCCCACCGGCGGGACAAAUGUAACAGCGGCGAUUCGGGCAUUCAGGUUGAGCUCGAUAACGAUGUCGAUCAGCAGUUGUUGCUGCAACAGCUACACCCACUCGAGCAUCACCCUGAAGGUGUUCCGGAUGGGGCACAAAAUGGGAAUGGAGGACCUCACACGCAGUACACCGGCGGUGUACCGGUGCGACGAGCCAACUCGGCGAAAGUGUCCACCACAAGCGGAACCAGCGUCAGUUCGUCCAUCCUAAAGCACAAACUCUCACUCAAGGGCAAGGAUAAGGAAAACGUUAGCAACAUAUCGCGGCUCAGCGGGAAAUCGUUGAGCCAACCGUCGGGAUUGGAUUGCAUCGUCGGUGGCCCGGCGGGUGGUGGUGAUUGUGUGGUGGAUGGCCGACGGCGGCGAAGAAGACAACACACGCGAACAUCCACCACGAUACCGACCGAGCUGGAUCUGAGCGAUAGCGAGAGCAUAUCGUCCCAUCCGGAUGAGGACGAAGUGGUCGUGGAUGAGGACGAACUGAUCGUUGAACCGGCGUUUGCUGAAGUGCUGUUUUCGUUCCGUCCCGGCGGACCCCAGGAACUGGGUCUCGAAAAGGGCGCCCUGGUGGAGGUGUUGAAGCGUGAAGCCGGCCCUUGGUGGUGGGGUCGCCUAAAAUCGGAUGCGGUUGUAGCGAACGGUGGAGACGACCGGAAGUCAUCCGAUUGUGGAUGGUUCCCGAAGGACUUCGUGAAGAUCGUACCCACGUACGCGAAACCGAAGCAGAUCAUCAUCAUCAGCAACAGUGGGAGUAGCGAGACGGGCAAGCAGCAACAUUACGGUGUUGCUGGUGAGGACGAUGACGCGGGUAGUAGCGCCUCGACACUGAUCGGUGACGGUGGAGGUAAUUGUGAUAGCAGCCGGCUGAUGGGAGGGCUGUCGGUAACGAACGAAGGCUCCACGAGUGGCGGGGAACCGCUGGAGGGUGCCACUAGUCACGAUCUAACGAAGGAGAACAUCAUCAAGGAGCUGCUGGAGACGGAGAUCAAUUACGUGAAGCUGCUCAAUUCGCUUUGUUUAGGCUUCAUCAAACCUCUGCGCGAACGGGAGGACAUCUUUUCGGUGGAAAGUGUAAAUCUGAUAUUUUCCAACCUGGAAAAGAUCUGGCGAUUCCAGCAAACCUUCCUCGACGCGUUACGGCUCGCGGUGCCAAACAACCGGAUCGGUGAAGUGUUCCUGGAGUAUCAAUCCGCUUUUAUGGUGUAUUCGUCCUACUGCAACUCCUACCCCCGGGCGCUGAUGGAGCUGGAAAACUAUGCCAACAAUAAGGAAGCAAACGCGCUGCUCGAAAGCUGUCGGAUAGCGGAAAACCUUCCGGAGUUACCCUUGUCGGCGCAUCUGCUUGCUCCGAUCCAGCGGAUAUGUCGCUACCCGUUGCACCUCAGCGAACUAGUCAAACACUCGCUCACCCGGAAGGAGCUGCUGCCAACGAUGCUCCACCGGAAGUGCACCAAAUCCGACCUGGAAACGAUGGACUGCCGGGAGGUGUUCGAGAUGGCCCUUACGGCGAUGCGCCGUGUCACGGAAAUGGUCAACGAAGGCAAACGGCACAGCGAGUACUUGUCCCGCAUCCAGGCGCGCUUCGAAAACUUCCAAGGUCCGUCGAUCAACGUGCACAGCACGCGGCUGUUCCUGCAAACGGACGCGAUCCGGAUGUCACCGAACCUGUGGAACAACACGUACACGCUGUUCCUGUUCGACCGGCAGCUUAUCUACUGCAAGAAGGACCUGCUCAAGCGCACCAACUACAUCUACAAGGGGCGCAUCUUUCUCGACAACUGCCGUAUCCUGAAUCUACCCGAUGGCAAGAUGUUCGGCGUAACGCUCAAGAACGCUCUGCGGUUGUACUGCGACACGCGCAACAAGUGGUUCGAUUUUUGCUUCCGCAGUAGCAGCAGCAAACUGCGCUUCCUCAACACGCUCUCGUCCGAGCGGCAGUUCUGUGGCGAAAGUCUCUUCGUGUCGGAACUGGAUGGUGGCGCAGCGUCCUGCUUCGACGAUGACAACCUCUCCGAUCGGGAGUAUUUCCCCUACGUGGACGACAGCAAGGACGUCGCGGAUGGUACCGGAUCCGAUAACGUGUACGAUCUGGUCGAUUCCGGUAGCGGGUUCCGCCCAUCGGUCGCAAGCAGCGCCUCAUCCGUAUCGGCCGGCUCACAGCACGCAAAAGAAUCUCUCAACAAAUCGAACCCAUCCGCGGUAGGCUGCAUGGUUCCUCCGAUGGCGGUUCCCACCAACGGAACGGGUGGUAACACCCUACCGAAGAAGUCUCGAAAAAUGCCCAAGGAAGCCGCUGGAACCGCGGGACUUUUGCAACACCAACAGCACCAGCAGGUGAUGGCCAGCUCGGAUUACGGUUCGAACUCGCUCGGUCGCCGCAAACUGGGCAAUUGGUUCCGCAAAGCGAAAAGCACCAACAGCACGCCAUCCCAAAGCCCAACGCACCAUCCGAUGGCGAUGUCCUUGGCGUCCAUCAGCAACAACAACAACAACUCGGACAGCUCCUCCCAGAGCAGCCUAGUGGCCGGUGGGUUCGCACAACGGGCCCUUUCGACACUCGCCAGCAACGGUGGCGUGAUCAGUGGCAGCGGAACCGUACUAUCCGCAGCCGGCACCGGUAAAGGUAAACCAUCCAAAUCAUCCGAUCAACCACCCACCCAUCAGGCGACAGCCGUGGUGGUCGACCAAUCUCAAUCCCAGUCCGUUACCGUCGCCGCCACCACGGCCGCUUCCUCCUGA